AUGCGAAAUGAGGUUGCCCUCGUUCUCUCUCUCUCUCUCUCUCUCUCUCUCUCUCUCUCUCUCUCUCUCUCUCUCUCUCUCUCUCUCUCUCUCUCUCUCUCUCUCUCUCUGCCUCUCUUUCUUUCUCACACACGCACGUCGAGCCCUUCUCUCUUCUUCUUCUUCUUCUUCUUCUUCUUCUUCUUCUUCUUCUUCUUCUUCUUCUUCUUCUUCUUCUUCUUCUUCUUCUUCUUCUUCUUCUUCUUCUUCUUCUUCUUCUUCUUCUUCUUCUUCUUCUUCUUCUCGCUCUCUCGCUCUCCCCGUUUUUCUUUCUUUCUUUCUUUCUUUCUUUCUUUCUUUCUUUCUUUCUUUCUUUCUUUCUUUCUUUCUUUCUUUUUCAUCAUGAGCCAAAAUCAGAAAUUGCUCCUUUAA